GAAAUUUCUGACAGAAUGAAAAUAUGAUAUGGGUAUCUAACCUCUAUCUUGAUCAUUGUUACAAUGUCGUUUGAGGCAUACUUAUAAUUUGAAUUUUUUAAUUUUUGUUCACGCGAUUAUGUAUAGAUUUUGAGCGAAUAAACACAGCUAUUGGAAUAUAGACAAUAUAUGAAUUACUGUUUAACAUUACGGAACAAACAAACGUUUGUCGCUUGCAAGUUUUAGAUGGCUAUGGAAACUACUACUAUUGCACUGUUAGUUGCCUCAUGUUAUAAAUUAUUACAUUGUUAAGCGAAUAGAUUUUUCAUUCAGCACAUAGUUUUUGGAUUAUAAGCUGAAACAAUGCAUGUACAGUUCUCUCUAAUUCCUAUGACAUUGGGACUGUCUCGUUGUACUGCCAAAAGGUUGAUUCUCCCAAUCACGCAAAAAUCAUUUUUUCUCCCUGUAAGAUAUAAACACGACGAUAAAAUCCUGGAAACACUUGAUGACGAAGAUACGCUUGCGCUCAAUCAAAAAAAAGCCAAACUCAUAAACACCACAGUAAGCGGCAUGAGGCUAGAUGCCGUGCUGAAAGCUGGACUUGGUGUAUCUAGAAAUAAAAUUGAGCAGGCCUUUUACGAGAGUAGAGUACGAAUGAAUGGACAAAAAGCUAAAAAGAAAGGUAUCGCUGUGAACAUUGGCGAUAUAUUGGAUUUGGUCAACACAGAAAGAGCUCCUGACAAUCCCAAGUUAAUAAAUAUAUCAAGGUUGAAGAUACUUGAUGCCGAUUUAGAAGGUGACAAGUACAGAGUUCAGAUGAUAAGAGACAAGAGUUUAAUUGUUGAAGACGAGACAGUCAAAUUUUAA